GCAGCAUCUGAGGAGCAGGGAAGUUGACGUUUCGGGGUCGGGACCCUUCUUCAGGAAUGGAAGCAGGUCCUGCCCUGAAAUGUCAACGUUAACGUUUUGAGAGCUUCCACAGCCUUCUGGAAGACAGAAUCCCAAAAUAUUCAUCACUGUAUGAGUGAAGAAACUCCUCUUCAUCUCACUCCUAAAUGGCUUACCCAUUAUCAUGUGGUAAUAUUCCCAGAUUUUAGAUUCAGGGGAUACGUUGUAUGCAGCCUGCCCCUGUGUAGGUUCCAAUUUAGCUGCCUCUUAUUUUUCAGAACUCUUCAGCAAUACAGAUCCAGACUCCUUAAGUGCUCCUCAUCAAACAAUCCUGCCAUCCCAGGGUUAAUCUGAGGUUCCUUGAUUGUGCUUUCUCGAUAGCAAAUAGAUCUUAAUUCAGGGGACCAAAGCUGUGCACAGUACUGUAGGUGAGGCCUCCCCAAGGCUCUAUACAACUGUUGCAAGGCUGCUUUUACUGUUGUACUCCAGUCCCUUUUGAGCUUCAGAACCGAAGACAGACGCUAACUCUGGAAGUGAGUUUUCUCCGUCUUUCAGAACUCGGAAUCUCAAGGAGAAGCGAGUGAGUCACCUGAUGUUUCUGAAAUGGAUUUUCUGAGGAACUUGUUGUCGCGUUCACUCAAUCUGCGGGAACAGCAACCCAAGAAGGUUUUGGAAGACCUUAGCAUUGAAGGAAUAGCGAAAUACAUCCUGAACAGCAAAUGUGAAAAGAUUAUAUGCAUGGUCGGAGCUGGCAUAUCAACAUCGGCAGGGAUCCCUGACUUCCGUAGCCCUGGUACGGGUCUCUACCACAACCUUCAGAAAUACCACCUGCCGUAUCCAGAGGCGAUUUUUGAAACUGAUUACUUCAAGCAACAUCCAGAACCAUUUUUUGCACUGGCAAAGGAGCUGUACCCCGGACAGUUUAAGCCCACGGUUUGCCACUAUUUCAUGCGGAUGCUAAGAGACAAGGGACUGCUGUUACGCUGUUAUACACAGAACAUUGACACCCUGGAGCGUGUAGUUGGGCUACAGGAUGAGGACUUGAUAGAGGCACACGGGACAUUCCACACCUCCCAUUGCACUAACCGCGCAUGCAACAAGCUGUACAGCUUGGAAUGGAUGAAAACACAGAUCUUCACAAAGCCAUUGCCAAAAUGUGAAGAGUGCGAUUCUGUGGUGAAACCUGAUAUUAUAUUCUUUGGUGACAGUCUCCCCCAGCGAUUCUUUCCAGCUAUGGAGUCUGAUUUUCCAAAAUGUGACCUCCUCAUCAUCAUGGGCACCUCCCUGCAGGUGCAGCCAUUUGCGUCUCUCGCCAACAGGGUGUCUGACACAACACCCAGACUUCUCAUUAACAAGGAAAUCACUCAACAGCAUGACCCGAUGAUGGCAUUACUAGGACUUGGGAGUUCCCUUGACUUUGAUUCCAGCAGAGCCUACAGGGAUGUGGCUUAUGUGGGUUCAUGUGAUGAUGGCUGUCUUGCUCUCGCUGAUCUUUUGGGUUGGAAGGAAGAGCUUGAAGAUAUUGUGAAGAAGGAACAUGCCAUGAUCGACAGUAAGACUGAGGGUGCCCAGGACACAGGCAAAGCCCCAGCCGCAGACAUGAAGAAAGAUGACCCCGAGGCAAGGGGGCAUGAGCCGGCAGCAAGACAGCAAGACAGAUAAACCAGCUGGUUAAAACGGUGCCAGUCAGUCUGAUCACCACGCAACCCAGCCGAGAGGCUGUCAGUGCAGGGGAGAUACUCUAGUAAUUUAUAUUAACUACCUUAAGAGUGACUGUACAACUAUGGGACUGAUUCUCCCUCCGCACCUAUUACACUUUCAACAUUAUAGCUUCUAACAUACAUGGUUCUUAUCACAGUGUGCUGUCACACCUCUAGAUGUCACUGGUUUUGCAUUUCCUUUUGAUUGUAGACAUCUAAUAGGGUGUGGGUUAGUCUAGCCACCAUCCUCUCGGGCAGAUGUGUCUGCCGUAAUCUGAGCAAUGGGAGGCUUUUUAUUUCUUUGCAACCCUUGUGUCUCGUUUCCCCUAAACCAAGCUGGGGCCAGAGCACACCUGCCUGAGAAUCAGCUCCACUUAAGACAGUUUAAAGACAAGGUUUUUGUUUUUGGCCAAAAGCUCUGCAUGCACGUUUCUGAGAGAGAGAGAAAAUGACUGGCAACUGGCGAUUAAUGGAGAAUUGAACUGCAUAACUAAAUGAUGGAAAAUGGCUCAGAAUCUAGAGUACUGAAGUUUCAAUUUUAAAUGCCUUAACCCUAACACCUAUAAAUUCUUCUCGUUGCAAAGAGACAGGUAAUAAUAAUUAUUGAUGUAAAUAUGUAUAAAUAAAUUACAGGAUGGCACAUUUCUCAUGCAACUGCUGCAAAUUAGAUUCACU